AUGUCAAACUCGAUUUUCAUCCUUGUCUUCAUCACGAUCUUCUUAAUCUUUUCUUCCUCCUUAGCUCAAACCACAGCCCCACAAGAUUGUCCACUUUGCAUCAAAACGACUAAUCCUCCUCCUUGUUCAACAUGUAUCAAAACGACACUUCCUUGUCCUCAAUGUACUACCACCAUACCACCUCCUAAACGAACUCCAGGAGGUCGACGAGAGGAUAAACUUGUUCUCUUACCUGCUCCAGUAGGACGAUCGGGAGAGACGAGUUAUACGAAUGUCAAGUUAUUCUCCGGUCCACCUGUUGACGAUGUUUGUCUAGGGGUCAAGUCUCCACCUGUGCUAGGAAAUAGAGUAGAGGUGGUUUCUUGUGAGAUCGAAGGUUAUUCAGUGGUUUGGAAUGUUGGUGAAGGUAUUACGAUGGAUUUUCAAGGACAAUCUUGGGGUUUACAAGCUGGUGGAAUAUUGGAUGGGGAUUAUGUUCAUAUCUACCCCCAAGAAUCAACAUCACUCCAAAAUUGGGGGUUCAUAUCUGAAGGUCGUAUUUCUUUACAAGGCACGAACCUCUGUCUGUUCAGAGAUAAUUAUCCGGUUUUAGGUGAUUGUGAUUCUUCAGAUGGUAUUGAAACUUGGAUCCCUACAGCCGUUUGA